GGAUAGGUUAGCCUACAUGUUGAUUGACAACUUAUCACAAUUUUGAAAGUUUUUAAAUUUCAAAAUAAAUUUACUUUUAAUUCUUCUACAAAGUUGAUAUGUUUAUGUGAAUUGAAUAAGGUGGACCAUUUAACUACGAAAUGUUCUAUAAAGUUUAUUUUAUACUUCUUUGCCUAGUUACUAGACGAUGUCUGGAUUGUGUUUCAGAUUUCAAUUUAUACUGCAGCAAACAUGGAGCAAAGGAUCAAAUACAACUAUCCAAUCAAGGAGAAAUUUGACAAAACCAGAGUUUCAGCCGCGCGAUUUAUACAAGUGGAUUACUUCUAAUAACAAAGAGGCUAACCAUUCUGUUCAGACAGGUGUACCCCAGGGUUCCACACUUGGACCUAUACUCUUCAUUAUUUAUACUAAUGACUUGCCAGCUGCUAUAAGUAAUGGAGAUAUUUUAAGGCUUUUAUGUUUGCUGAUGAUCUGGCAGUCCAGGUUAAGUGUGAAAAGAUUUUUACCAAUUUGAAUGUAUUGGGGCAGAUUAAUGCAACUAUUGAGGACUGGACAGCUGCUAACUUUCUUGGUCUCAAUAAAGAUAAGACCCAGUUGUUAGAUUUUGACUUUGGUUGUAAGACAGAUAUUAGUUAUGUCAAAUUUCUUGGCAUCACAUUGCAGAGUAAUAAGAAAUGGGAAAAUCAUAUUUUUUCAUUGGGUAAGAAAAUAUCUAGAGGCAUUUUCAUGUUAUGUAGAUUAAGAAAUAUUGUUAGCAUUGAUGUGUUGGUAGCUGUAUAUUAUGCUUACAUUCAGUCACACCUGUUGUAUGGUAUUUUGGCAUGGGGGAGAGAUACCAAUAUGAAGAAACUUUUUGUUGUACAAAAAAGGGCCAAAAGGAUCAUUUGUAAAGUAGAUAGUAGAGCACAUUGUCGACCUCUGUUUAAAAAACUUAAUAUUAUGAACUGCCUGUAUAACUGCCUGCUAAUAUUAAAGAAUGUGAUAUUAAUAGUUUUAAGUUUUCCGUUAAAAAGAUUCUAAUUGACUGCUGUCCAUAUGGUUAUGAGGAUUUGUGGUGAUGUCUGUGUAUUUUCUUAACUGUGAUAUAACUGUUUUAAAAAUGUU